AUGAUUAAGAGAAUUUCAUUUUGUUGUCCUUUCACAAAGAUCAAUGAGAGUGACAUCUGUAAUGGAAUCAACAGCUCUGAUCUGCAGCAUCACUUGGAUGUCGGACAUGUUCCCUGUUACUACAGCGUAUCGGAAUAUGCAUGUGCACAGCUCUCAGGAUUCAGUGCACACAAUCUCACCCAGCUCCUGGUGUGCAAGCUGUCCAGCAACAUGACUUACUCUAGGGAGACCUGGAAACUGCUCCUCACCAAAACCUCUGCAGUUCUGGAUGAAGCUCUCAUCAUGUUCUCCCACAUGGUCUCCAACAUGUCUCUCCCCAUCUUCAGACCCUCCGUAUCUCUCGUCUUGGAUGUCCUUGGUGAGAUUCGGCUGGACAGGCUCGAUCCCGAGUCCUGGAGCGACAUCGACUUCAUUUCCAUGGUGUUUGGUGACAGCCUGCGGCCGUUCUUGCCCUCCGCCUCUGGCAGUCUCCUGCACUGUGUCAGCAGCAAGAACCUCACAUGCAGGACGUAUCAACACAUAGUACAAGAGUUCAGCCUCCAGUUUGACCAUAUGGAUGAUAUGCAGAGGGGCACUGUGCUCCGAUUCUUCAUCUUCCCCUUCCUGAACAAAACACAGUCAGUGGGCGGGUGCAACACUAAUGACAGCGCUGAGUGGCUCAUGAACAGCUUCGGAGCGUUCUCAGCCGUGCCGAGCCUUGGGGAGCUUGUUGGGGCCAAUCCACACUUUUCUCCGCUGGCCGCACUGGCCCUCCUCUCCCCCCGACAGACUGCCGAGCUGAUGGCCGCGCCCCCACGCACACUUCCGGACACGGAGGAGGUCAUCAACCGCGUGUUCGACCACCUGCUGGAAGCUCCGGAGGAGAGGGGAUUCCCAGCAGUCCUUCACCAACUCGUCCUGCUCUCACAAGAGAUCCAGAUACCGUGUCCAUCCUAUCAAACAAUUUUCAGAAGGCUCUAUCAAGCCCGGCCAUCUUUGACACCUGAACUAGAAGCUGUUGUAUUUGACGCAAGCAGGAGGCUGAUGCCCUCAGUACCACAAGGUUGCCAGCUGCCUCUUCCAGCUUCAUGUCCCUCCACCCAUGUUAAUGAGACCAGAGUGUGUGCUGGCAUCAACAGUCAUCAGCUGCUGUCACACUUGGCUUCUGGAAGCAUUCCUUGCAACAUCAGUCUGGAGACAUUUGCCUGUGCGGAACUCUCACAGCUCUCAGGAUUCACUGCACAACACCUGGCCCAGCUCCUGGUGUGCAAGCUGUCCAGCAACAUGACUUACUCUAGGGAGACCUGGAAGCUGCUCCUCACCAAAACCUCUGCAGUUCUGGAUGAAGCUCUCAUCAUGGUCUCCCACGUGGUCUCCAACAAGUCACUGGCAAUUGGCGGUCCAUCCAUAACCAAUGUCCUGGACGUGCUCGGAGAGAUCCGAUUGGACAGGAUUGCCUCAGGGGAAUGGAGCAACAUGGACUUCAUCUCCGCACUGUUUGGUGACGGCCUGCGUCCAUUCUUAUCCUCCGCCUCAGGAAGCCUUCUGCAGUGUGUCAGCAGCAAGAACCUCACAUGUCAAACCUACCAGCACAUAGUGGGAGAGUUCAGUCAGCAGUUUGACCACAUCCCUGAGCCACGCAAGGAGGGCUUCGUCGACUUCUUCAUCAAAACGUUCCUGGCCAAAAACACCUCAGAUUCAGCGUGCAGGUCUAAUGACAGUGUGGGAUGGCUUCUCAACAACUUUGGCCGAUUCUCCGUCUUUGUGCCUCUCAAGGGUCUUCUCACACUUAAUAACCUCUUCGAUCCAGUGGCAGCCUUGGACUAUCUCUCCCCCAGACAGUUGGCUGAGCUGGUUGUUCUUCCUGACCUUCCCAACAGAGAUGAGGCCAUCCACAAAGUGUUUGACACCUUGACACAACCUCCGCGUGCCACAGACCUCCCUGAGUUCCUCCGCCAUCUUAUGAUGCUCUCUGAAGAGGUGAUGGUUCCAUGUGACUCAUAUAGAACCAUCUUUGGGAGGCUCUAUCUGGCCUUGUCAUCUGUUCCCGGCGAGACUGAGCCGCUGGUCUGGGCAGCCAUACGCAAACUGAUGCAGACCGCUCCAGCAGAUUGCAUGCCUGAAACUGGAAGGUGUCCUGUGAUCAUGGUAAACGAGACCAUGAUGUGUGCCGGAGUGAACAGCUCUGAACUACAGCACCAUCUAGAGACUGGAGCAGGAAUUGAAGUCCUUUGUGGCUUCAGUCUAGAGACUUUUGCCUGCACAGAACUGACAGGAUUCACUGCACAACACCUGGCCCAGCUCCUGGUGUGCAAGCUGUCCAGCAACAUGACUUACUCUAGGGAGACCUGGAAGCUGCUCCUCACCAAAACCUCUGCAGUUCUGGAUGAAGCUCUCAUCAUGUUCUCCCACAUGGUCUCAAACAAGUCUCUGUCUAUUAGCGGCCCCUCUGCGUCCGCGGCCCUGGAUGCUCUCAGGGAGAUACGGCUGGACAGGCUGACCCCUGAUCAGUGGCAGCAGGCUAACCUCACCACAGCUCUGUUCAAGGACAGCCUCGCGCCGCUCCUGCCCUCCGCCUCGCCAGACUUCCUGCGCUGCCUCGCCAAAGACCUCAGCUGUGGGACGUACCAGCACAUGGUGACUGUGUUCAGCCAUGGCUUCGAUCUCAUGGAUGAGGGACGCAGAGAGACUGUUCUGAACGAUUUCAUCAUGGUCUACCUGUCCAACACCUCAGCAUGCUUCUCCAAUGACAGUGUGGAAUGGCUGCAGAACAACCUCGGGCGAUUCUCAGGCCUUUUGAGCCUCGGUGACCUGUUCCAACUCAACGCACACUUCCGUCCACUGUCAGCACUGGAGUUCCUGUCUCCACGUCAGACGGCGGAGCUGAUGGUCCGUCGCUUCCCUGGCCUCCCGGGGCAGGUCGAGGUCAUCAACGUCGUCUUUGACCGCUUGACCUCAAAUGGACAGAAGCUUACGGAGGUCCUUCACCACCUGGUCGCACUCUCCAAACAGGUCAUGAUACCUUGCGACAGCUAUGAAGCCCUCUUUGAGAGGCUUUAUAAGGUCUUGCCCUACGAGCCUCGGAGAUCGAGCCUCUCAUUUGGGCCACGAUAGACGACCUGAUGCAAACAUCACCCAGAGACUGCCUGCCAGUGGACCUGACCUGUCCAAUCACACCAUUUAAUGACUCUCGAGUAUGUGAAG